AGGGGCUUCCAUGGGAGAACUAGAGGAGAAAGGGCUGGAUGGGGAAGAUAGACAGAGCGAGGGAUACAGACAACCCGUAAAGAAACGCAACAAGAGUCAAAGAGGUGAAGCUGCGGACGCCAAUCGAGGGAGAAGGUCUGGAUGUAAAUGCUGACUCCGCUGGCUGGGGAAUAAUAACUGCAGCAGGAAACCAGAGGAUACAGAGAAAGGGGGGAAACGAGAAGAUGGAUGUACAAACGGAGAGCACGGACCCCCCGCCUGGUGAAUCCCAGUCGAGGGGAAAAAUCAGAAAGGGAUUCAAGCUGUUUGGCAAACGCAAGCCAGGUAACAUCUUUUCUCUUCGAAGCAAAGGGGAUGGAAACAACAAGUCACCUGUCACAAGGAGCAGCACUGUCGAUGGAUUGGACUCGGAGCAGGAGCAGGAGAGGGAAAACGGGCAGGAGGAGAGUCAAGGAGAAAGGGAGCAGGAAGAGGAAGAGACACUCUGUGAAGAUGGCGUUCUGGCGGCUGCUGCCGCUCGCGCCUCCAUUUCUUCAGCCAGCUCGGCCAAGUCCCUCAGCUUCCUGUCGCUGCUGAGGGGUGGCCGGAGAGGGACGGGGGGCCGCAGGGUCCGCACCGUCUCCCAGCCCGCGGGUCGGCAACGCCGUGGGCUGAAGGGUCUCUUUGGCAACGUUAAGUUCCGAUCAAAAGAUACAGAGGAGGAGGAAGCCCCUCCGAGCCCACUUCUCAUGUCCUCACGGGCCAACAGUGUGGAAAUCAUCAAAGAGGACCUCGUCCUGACCCCGAAACCCCAGCAUCGCUCCCUGGACAGCCCCGAGACGGAGAGCUGUGAGCCCGACAUGAGCUUAACACCGCAGGACAGUGCAUGCACGUCCCCAUCAGAGACCCUGACUCCCAAGGGGCCGGCGGGCAGAGUGAGUAGAACUAAUGAGCAUGUGCCGCCUUUGCCCACAUCCGAACCACCCCUGGUACCCGGUGAUAACAGCCUGAGCUGCCUGCUGGCAGACAUCUCCUCGCUCCUCACCUUCGACUCUAUAACAGGGGGUGGAGACAUCAUGGCCGACGUGGAGGCAGAGUGGGGGAAAGCCAGCAGUCCCGUCAACGCUGUGGCGGCCGAGUUCACAGCAUCCUCCACGUCGGUCUUCUCCAAACCCACCAUCUCGUCUCCAGUGACCUCCGCUUCAGCAAAGCCUUCACCUGUAGCCGUCCCCACAACGGCCUCGACCCAAUCCGUCACACCUCUGACGAGGACGACCACAACCUCUUCUCCCGUUGCUAAGCCGAGCUCCAUCGUCACGACUUUCACCAAAUCUUCCACUUUGACCGCUCACUCCGUCAAACUGAGCUCGGAUACUCGAGGCGAGGCUUCUCCGAGCGCUAUGACUAAAUCGACCCCUGCGGCCGUCACAACAAAACCCUCAACUACCCCUUUCACAUUAACGAGCUUUUCGUCUCCAAUUAUGUCGCUCCCUUCGGUGCCAAUUAAAUCCACACUGAGCUCCACCUACACUGCUCCCACAGCUCCACCCAAUGUAGUCAAGGCACCUUCCAUUAGUCCAACUCUCACGUGUUCGGUUAGCAAACGGGAAUCGGAGGUUACCGCACCUCCUCAAGUCAUUACCUCCGUAAGUAAACCUGUCCAUGUGGCUACUCCGGCCCCAGCAUCGGCUAAGCCUCCACCAGUUACCCAUAGCCCCCCCACCCCUGUUGCGUUUACUCAACCUCCAUCUGCUAAAUUAGAUUCAGCUAGCAGUUUGAACCUGCAAAUUUCCACGUCCUACAAACCUUCCCUAACUUCAGCUGCAGGAGAACCUAAAACCCAAGUGACAGUAUCACCUCCCUCUGCAGUUACAACCAAACCCCUCUUUCCUGCACCGGCUCCCCCCUCCAAGGGGACAACGGUUCCUACUCCAAUAACAACCUCAGGCUCAGUGUCUGCGGCCCACUCCAAACCUACGCCCACCUCUAGUCCAACGGAGUUGAAUAAGAACCCCCCCUCCCUUGUAAUUGCUCAAAAUAAGUAUCCAUCCUCUACCCCAUCUGCUACAUCUAGAACCCAAGCCUGCCUUGCAUCUCAAUCUUCUGUCUUAUUAGAUACCAUUCCUCCCAUGACUAAACAUAUUCCUGCAACGGUCUCUUCGGAUAAGACGCCCCCUGCUCCCAUAUCGCCCCCGGCCCCUAUUGCUCAUGCUGUUGUUCCUACAGCAUUCCCAGCAACUCCUGCUCCGGCUCAGAUUGCAGUCCCUCAAUCGAAAGAACCUCCUGCUUCUGCUAAAACCCCAAUUUCUGUGUUCAAAGACCCACCUGCUCAUGCGCAAGUCUCUCCUGUCACUGCUCAGAUCCUGAUCCAUGCGUCUACUGAUCCCCCUGCUCCCGCUCAAAUGCAAGUUCCUCACUCUGAAGCCCCUCCUGCUCUCGCUCUGACCCCUAUUUCUGUAACUAAGCCCCCUCCUCUUAUUGCUCCAAUUCCAGCGUCUAUAUCUAAAAACCCUCCUGCCCCUGCUCACCUCCCACUGUCUACAUCUACUGACCUUCCCGCCCCUGUUCGUAACCCAGUUUCUGCCUCUAAAGACCCUCCCGCUCAGAACACAGUUUCUCAAUCUAAAUCCCCUUCUGCAACGUCGCCCGCCCUUUGCCCCGUCACUUCUCCUCCUUCCACACCGUCUCCCCCUGCAGCUUGGUCGAGUCCGGCCCCGGCCACUGCUGAGGCGAGGGAAAGUGGACAGGCAUCAGUCGACGAGCAACUGAUCAGUCCAAGUAGCACGUGUGUCCCGGGGGCCCAGACCACGCUGUCGAAAACGGAAGAACUGCAUAACGAGUCCCGAACAAGCCUCUCCAGAGAAAGCCGGAUUCCGCUAGUGAAGGCGUCAGGACUGAGCAAGAUACCUGUAGUUGGGGGGGGCAGAGGGGGGAAGCCGCCUGUCCGGGACAGUCAGCAUGUUGACGGCGCAGCGCGUCGCGACCCGCCUACUCCCGUGCUGGAAGAAGAGAGGCCCCGUUUCCACUCACAUGAUGCAGGGAGCAAAGAUAAAAUCGCUGAUUUUGAAGUUGAUGUGCCCACCUCGAGACAAAGCCAGGAGGAGAGUCAGCAGCCUCCUCAGACGAAACUUCUCACCAGUUUGCCGCGUGACUCGAAGAUCCCCGUGAAGCACGGCACGCAGUCUCACACUGCGUCCCACGUCCCUCAAGCUAAAGAGCCGUCUCGCACCAAGAUCCCCGUGUCCAAAGUUCCCGUCCGCAGGGCCGGGAACAAAGCUGUAGCAGCCGCAGGUGGCAUCGCUCAGAUGAGAAAAUGAAUAACAGGCUUCAUUCAUUCAAUGACGGAGAUUAUGUCUUUGUAACUUUGCAACUUUUUUUUUCUCUCAAAUAUAACUCAAUAAUCACCCUUUUUUCUGGACUGUUAUCUUCUUGGCUUCACUGCCACCACAAGCAACGGUAACAAAGGCAAGAAGGCCUUCAGCACUCAAGCACAAAACAUCUCCACGUGGAGCCGAAGCAACAACCCCGGCUCUUUGGUGCUGAGGCAACUGGACGUGCACUCAGGAAAGGUUCGGGUUUGCACCUGAACACAUAGCAGCAUCGGUGACUAAGGAUAAGCAAGAAAAAGGGUCUUCUCAGAUCACAGUCACACACACACACAACAUGGGCGAGUGCCUUUUUAAGGGGUGCUUUUUUGGACCAACUCUUGGAAUCUUUUCUACAGUACUUCGCAGUAGCUUUUGUUACUCCCCCUUUUUGUAGUAACCGUCAAAUCUUUUGGUCCUUCUUUUGCAGCAAGUCUCUUUACUUUGUAUGUGUGUCCGGAGAAGAACAGCAGGAGCUCUACGAAUUAAUGCAACAACCAAAUUUACAUUCCACACCUAUCUUUGGAUGUAAGUAGCAGAAAAACGUGCCAUUGAUUUUAACGCUGGUGAUGUUGGACCGUGCAGCGGCUGUGUGUCCGCCUGCUCAUAUGUAACAUGAUUAGAUCUCACUGUGAACUGUGGGAGAGAAUAGUUUCGAGGGAGGAGUGGAAUAUCAGUGAAACGGACAGUGGACAGCAGCCGUUGUGAAUGGCAAUGUGGACGUUUUGAGCGAGACAGAGGACGCUGAGAUGAGACCUCUCGCACGGUGGCACGUCCUUAUCCCACUUAGACUGAGUUGAGAGCAGAAUCUCUGUGUAUAGUCUCAUCUAUGUUGUUCUGUUUCCUAUUUAAUCAAUAAAACAAAAUGAAUAUUUGCAAGAUGAGCUCCGUUUACAUUGUGAAUUACAGCGUUCGUGUUUUUUCUAGAAUGUGGCAGUUUUCAGACAGAUAAGAUGAGUAAAAGGAUUUACAUAAUCUAUUUAAAUUAUUUACUGAGAAAGACAUUUUGUAUCUUAACUGAUGGCUCACUAUCGUACGCCAGCUCGGCUCAGAAUAUCUUCACAGAAACAUCAUUCCAACAUCAUCCACAUUCAAAGCUCACUGACCUGAAAAGCGAGCACAUGAAUGUCAGAAGAGGCGGGUCCAAUGAGCUGCAAGGGAAAUCGCUUAACAUGCAUACCUUAUUAUCGGGGGUUAGGGAAUGUGUGUCAUUGCUAUUCUUAGUGUGAAAUGCACAGCACGGAUGCGCUGCAUAAGGACUUAGAGGGAACUUUCAUUAGGACGUUGCGCAUCAGUUUGAUAUCAUUGCAGAAGAGAACAACAUGAAGAUAGUUAUUUGUCGUCAAAGAUGUCUAAAUAACAUGUUGAAAAGCAAUACUAACAGCUUCUAGUGGUGGGAGUAAAACCUCAGGUUACGGACAGGACACUGAUCUGAGUCAUGUGGUGCUCUUAUAAGGAGUCUAGUGUUAGAAAUAAGGCGAUGGACAAAGGGUGAAUUUCUUUUAAAUAAAAGAGCAGGGCGGAGGUGACACAAAAAGACCUUUGUGUUCUUCAGGGAGCCCGAGGCUGCGAGCCGGGAAAAGAGGACCAUCUUUUGCCACAGACAAUUUCGCCCCAUCAGGUGCCGAUGGAGGGUAAAACCAUCUUCCUGAUAAAAGGACACUUUCCCCCUGAAGCUCAAACACAACACAUACUUCCCUCAUAGGAAAAACCUCAAUUUGGGACUAAAACA